AAUUUGUAACAUCAUCUCAUGAAAUUUGGCUUCGUGCAGUACAUAAAAUGUUUGAUUAUUGCCAUCAAAAUAAUUUUUUACAUGUGUGGGCUUACUGUUGGAAUAAAUGGUAUCGAUGGGACAGAUGGAAGCUUUGGGCUUUAUCUGCUACUCCAGAAAUUUCCAUAAUUCAAACAACUAUAAUUAUUGAAACUCAUUGGCAAAUUUUAAAAAGAGAUUACUUAUAUAAAUUUAACCAACCAUAUAUAGAUCUUGUAUAUUAUAUUCUUAUUGAAAAAUUAUUACCGAUGUAG